CUUGAGUACAUCAUCAUCGUAAUAAUAAUAGCAAAUCUCGAAUUUGUAAUAAAAAAAAAUUGGAAUUUACGGUAUUACCAAACCGGAAUAAACUGAAAACCAAUUUAAACCGAUAAAUCGUAAUACCAAACCGGUCAAACGUGUCCACAACCCUUAACAGAAAGGAGUGAUUUUCCUUCAACAAUGGCGACGAUGGACUCCGAUGGUUCUCGCUGGAGAAGGCUCAUCCACCACCGCCACCGCCACCGCCACCGCCACAUCCUUGCCGUCUUCUUCAUCCAAGAAGCCGAAACGGCUUGAGAUCAAGAAGUGGAACGCCCUCGCUCUCUGGGCCUGGGAUAUCGUCAUGGAUAACUGUGCGAUAUGCAGCAACCAUGCUUUUCAUUUUCACUGCAUCAGCCGUUGGCUCAAGACUCGUCGAGUGUGCCCCAUAGGUAUACUGUAUAGCUUUCUCCAUCGCCCCACCUACACAACCAUGGUGUUGGAGUCCUCAUUUGAACAGAAUGAAUCGAGGAGUUUUCACGACUCGGCUACACCGGAGAUCGGAAAUUGUAAGAGAAGGAGCUUAUCCCGAGCUUAGAAAAAAGGUUCCGCUAAAAG